AUGGCCCAAUCGAACAAGACACCGAUUCUGACUCUUCAUAAACAAAGUCAACCGGUUCAUGAAUUAUUCCGUAUCGUUCUUGGUGGUAAGCUUUACCAAUCGCCGAUUGGCGAGAAUGUACAAAACGUUUUAGAUGUUGGUUGUGGCACGGGCAUCUGGGCCAUUGAUAUGGCAGACCUGCACCCCUCUGCCGAAGUUGUCGGAGUCGAUCUCUCACCCAUCCAGCCUAACUUUGUUCCUUAUAACUGCAGAUUCGAAGUCGAUGAUAUAAACCAAGAGUGGACAUUUCCCGAGAAUAAAUUCGACUUUAUCCACGUUCGAUACAUGACGGGCACAGUUCCGAACUGGAAAGAGCUCCUCCAAAAGGCUCAACGAUAUUUGAAGCCCGGUGGCUGGAUCGAGCAUGUCGAAAUCUGGGGCAACGCAAUGGCUGAUGACGGAACCUUGGCUGAAGACUCUCCACUGAAGACAUGGGUUCGAAUCUUUGAACAAAUCGGAGAAAAGAUUGGAAACCCGUUCUUCUGGGACCCGGUCGAGGCAUUCCAGGAGGCUGGUUUGCAAAACAUAAGCGAGCGAAGGGUCAAGGUGCCCAUUGGUACUUGGCCCAAGAACAAGGAUCUCAAGCAGUGGGGCACCUGGAACCAACAGUUCUUGCUGCAAGGCCUGGAAGGGUUUUCUAUUCGUGGCUUGACAGAGCUCUUAGGGUGGAAAUAUGAACAGGCACAAGUCUUUCUAGUGGAUAUGCGCAAGGAGUUAUUGAACCCGAAUCUGCAUUCAUAUCUCUUAGUAACUGCUGUUUGGGGUCAAAAGCCUUUAGAAUAG